CUUCUCGCUGAAAACGAACGAAUUAAUCGACAUGGAAAUUAAAAUCUUUGUGAUAUUUUCACUUUAUCUCCACCUUUCAGGUUUCGCCUGGGAUUUGAGUUCUAUUGGAUUACAUAAUUUCACUGUCAAACAUGUGUCCCUGUAUAAAUCUCGUGCAUUUCUUACGAUUCUUUGUAGCUGUAACGUUUCCUUAGUGGAAGCAGCAUGGCCAGAAAAUAAAAUCGGACAUCGUUUGAAAAUUAUAUCUGAUGGAUUUAUUGAUGAACAUAACAAUUGUGACAAACCUUGGCACGUGAUUGGAACCGACGUUGACUCAGUUGGUCGAUUGUGGAUUUUAGAUCAAGGAGUUGAUCAGAAUCAAUGCAGCGCUAAGCUUAUCAUCCGUAGUUUGAUGCUGAUUCCGAAUAAGGAAAUAAGAUAUGACUUUAGUUUUAAUAACAAUAGAAUAUACCGAUCUAUUGUCGUAGAUCCUGCAAGAUCAGUGGACGGUGAUACGAGAGCUUUCAUAACCUUAGAAAACACAGAUUACUUACUGUUUUUCUCACUAUUGAAGAGAUCAUUCGGAAAGUUGAAACUCGAAUCAAAAUAUGCAAUGGGACUCAAUUCUUUUUCACUCUCUGAAGUAACAAUUAACCAAAAUCAACUUUAUAUUUCUGAUAGUUUGACCAGUCGUUUGUUUUCGCUUCCUGUUAAAACGCUCCGUCAUCUGAGCUUUCCCGUAGAUGGUAUAAAUAAGAUCAUCAUAAAAACUAAUGUUACAUACGUUGGACGUUUAUUGGGACGAGCAUAUGGUCUCAGGCUAGAUUUGAAGGAUCAAUUGUUUUACAUUUUGCCUCGCGAUGGGGCGAUUGUAAAAUGGAGACCGGGACAGGCGUUAAGAGCUGAAAAUCAUUUAGUUGUAUUCCAACGUAAAAUUGAUGUAACACAGAUUAUUCUCGGAACUGCCGGCAAAGCUUGGGCUGUAUCGAGUAUGUUUGUUUCUGAAAACGGCAAUCGACACUGCAUAAGAAUAGCUUGACAGAUACAAUGUCUAUGUUUCUACGACGAAAUCGAAAAUUCUCAUUGAAUAAA